UAUGUACGGCACAUAACUCGCAGUUUUUUUUAUUCGGCAAUAACUGUCAUGCAGGUGGAAUUUGCGUCUCGGCUAUUGCCACAGCGAUGGGUCAAAACUGGGCAACUGAGUUCAUCAGAUUCGGAGGAUUAAUGAUUUCAUAGAUUCCAGACAGAACAAAUUCUCCACUCGCUAUUACUCCGAUGUAAUGGAGCUGUCAUAGUGGCAUAUGAUGCUAAACUGGUCCUUCUGCUGCGCACCUGAGGAUGGACAUUAUGAUUGGGAAAAUACACAAUACUGUAUUUUUUUAGGAGCUCAGUAGACUAUUUUUCGUUGUCACUGCGUCAUUCAUAGCUUGAAUGGAACGACGAUUUUUAUAGCAUGACUUCAUGAGAUUCAUUCAUGUUUUGUGUAGAUGUACUGUAUAAAGCAGAAACUAAAUGGAAGGUGAGAAUGGUCGCUGUAGCUGACUGCACGGUUUCAUUAAACCUGGUCUAAAAUCAGCCUGGCAGCUCGAAAUCGCAGUGAAAGUAGCUCUGUUUGAAGAACGCAUCAUGGAUGAAGUGAAUGGAAGUGAAUGUGUGCCUGAUCUGAAAGAGUUGGAGGUGAAGGUGGGGAGGAAGACGCCGGAAGGAUUGCUCAGGUGGAUGCGACAAGACGCAGCGCAACGCGGCGAGCACAGCAAAGUCAUCCGGCAGGAGAGCGCACACAGCGGCGAGCAAGGACUGGAUGAGAAGAUCAGGAAGCUGAAAGUCGAGAUGGCUCAUCUCCGGGCGGUGGAUGUGAAAAUCCUGCAACAACUUGUGGCACUGCACGAGGGCAUUGAGGCUGCAAAAUGGCUUAUGGAAGAGCGUGGCCUGCUUACCAGCCACUGCAGCAGCUUGACAGGUAGUCAGUACAGCCUUGGAGGCAGCUGGAGCAGCCUGCAUGAGCCCCAUGACAAGCUGGAUAACAUCUCCAUCGGUAGCUACCUGGACACACUGGCUGAUGAUCUGGAUGAAUACUGCACCUCCAGUGGUGCUGAGUCAGUGCUCUGCUCUGCACCUGCAUGCACAGACAACUCUAAACCCGCUCAGGUGAAACCCAAUGGCCCUAAAGGGGACGUGAGACCUUCUAACCUGGACUCUAACCAUGAAGAAGCCAGUAAGAGUAAUGGAGCUAAUACUCCAGUCUUGGAUGGCACAGUUAAGCAAGACACAGACUCCCCUAAGGCUCUUGCAGCUGAGAGACUGGCAAAGACCCUGAGCCCUAAGGGUAAGAUUUACAAGAAUGGCAAGGUAGAACUGGAAAGCUGCAAAAUGAAUGGUAAAGUGCACUUGGAGUAUGAUGCACACUGGCGCUGGGUGCAGUCACAGGAUGAUGUAACAUUUUUGUAAGGGUUUAAAGGAUUAUAUGCUGGUUAUAUUUUGGACUUCAGAGCCUUAUUGGUCAGAUUGAUUUAACUAUGGGAUCGGUAAUUAACAACACUGUCAUGUUCUUUUAAACUGACUGCCGAGCUUAAAUGGACUCAGAUAUAGAGAUAUGAUGUCAAAGUUCCCAAGGGGCCAAAGCUUAUAAAGCAUGAACUUCAGAUUUGUCUUUACAAUCAUUUAUGUGCACAGAUGUUUAUCUAUUAAAACUCUUCUGCUCAGUGAUUUCCAGUUCUGGUGCUAGAUGGACUUGUGUUGGAGCAGGAACGUUAGUGAAAAUGCAGGGAAGGAAACUGGCAGGACAAGAGCUGGGAAUUGCUAAUGCAGUAUUUUAUAUGCGACUGUGGAAUCCUGUUCCUUUAAAUAUUUCUUUGCAGAGACGUGGUUGAUAAACUCAAGCAAUUUCUGUGUUAAUAUUCGGUGUUAAUUAUUAGAUCUUUUGGUUUCUGGUUUUUAUUUGGUUCAAGUUGACCAAUACAACAUCUAUUUACAUAUAACAUUUAUUUUGUAUUAAGUGUUUUAUUUAAAACAGCCUGGUAAGUGAUCAUUAUAAAAAAAAAAUGAAAGAAUUCUUAUUUUCAUGUAAACUCUGAAGGGGACUGAAAUACAAAGAUAUGAAGAGUGGAUCAGCUGACAAUUAUUAAGUAUUUUAGAGAGGACCAAAGUUUUUAGCUAAUAAACACAAGAUAUCAUAGUGAUAUUUUUCUAUUUAAUCGAAAGUUAAAUGUUCCAUAAAUAUAACAUUUGCAGUAUAAAAUUAAUGCACAUUUAUUCAAUUGUUUUAGUUUAUGUUGCAACGGCACACUGUGGCAGACCCGUGCUCAGACUAUCAGGUUCGAGGUUGGAAUAUGCAAACAGAAAAGACAAAGAAAUUCGUUUAUUUUAGUGAUGAGAUGUUUAAUAACUGAACAUAGAGAUAUAAUCUAACAUGAAUGGUAUUUCAUUUUGUUGUAUUGGUAGUUCAGAAUUUACUGAAAUGAAAAGACAACAAAAGGACAGUGUAAAUUUUAUCUGGAGAGCUGCGAGCAAUCAGGAUGAUUUCCGUGUGUACUUUGAUCACAGAAUCCACGCCUACGUGAAUAUGCUUGUGCAAUAUGAUUAAAUAUAUUGUCAGUCGAUUUAAAUAUAUAUGUAUUGAACUAAUUCAGAUAAAUGUGGCCUGUCGAUUUAUGCUGGGUCAUGCAACCGCAUUUUGACCCACUCUUAUGUAACCAUGUAGUAGUGUAGAGGCACAUUAAUGUAGUGAGAUCUUCAUGAUUGUGAAUGCAGGGAAUUGAAUGCAUGGAAAUUAUGGGUUUGUGUAUUUGAGAGGUCAUAUUUUGCUAUGGGUUCUGUAUUAAAGAAAUAUUUAUAUUAAUUAAAAAGAAAAAGGUUUUUAUAUUAGUGAUAACCCAUUUUAGUUUUGCCUGUUUUACUUAUAAGAGAACUGCACUGCUGUAAUAGUUUUAUGUAAUGAAGUUAUAAAUG